AUGCCACCCAAAAACAAAAGUACACCACUCUGCGUCACCGCCCCCGACCCCGCCAUUCUCAAAUCCAAAAUCCUGACCCAGCUCGCCACACACCCUACACUCUCCUUCUCCUCCCCCGCCAUCCCCCCGAAAGACCGCUUCAUCGCCUUCCACAUUCUCCACUCCCACUACACCUACACACCAUUCUUCUCCCUCCUUUCCACCGUUCACAAAUCACCCCUCGCACUCCCGCUAACGGGCCAACAAUGGCACUGGCUGCGCAAGUUCUGCUAUGCCAGUUUCUUCUACAGUGGCGCGAGCACCAGUGGGUUUCAGGAAUUGGUGCCGAGGAGUUUCUUGAGGUUGAGUGCUACGGAGACGGGUUUUGUGAAGAGUGAGCUGGGGAAGGCGAAUGCGCAGGCGAGGGCGAGGAUGGUUUCAUAG